CGGAACCCAAGAUUUGAGGCUUUGUUUCAACCGACCGGCAUUGCAGGGAACCAACCGGAAACGGCGGCUCUAGCGUGAGUUGUGAGCGGCUGUGGAUUUCGUUACCAACUUUCGCCGUCUUUGAGUGAUAUUUGGCGUCUUGCACUGUCAGCCUAAUCUCAGCAACAAUGACGGACCGCUACAACAUCCACAGUCAGCUGGAGCAUCUUCAGUCCAAGUACAUCGGUACAGGACACGCCGACACCAGCAAGUGGGAAUGGCUGGUGAACCAGCACCGUGACUCGUACUGCUCCUACAUGGGGCACUUCGACCUGCUCAACUACUUCUCUGUGGCUGAGAACGAGAGCAAAGCACGCGUUCGCUUCAACUUGAUGGAGAAGAUGCUGCAGCCAUGUGGACCGCCAGCAGACAAACCUGACGAUGCUUAGAGAAGCUUGGAGUCAGCUGACUUGAGUUGAUGGACAUGAAGUGUUUUCUGCUAGUAAUGUUUGUGUAGUUCCCUUUAACAACAGGAAAUCCCGUGGGAAAGAGAAGAGGACCAUUCAAAGACUUUAAUGUUCACCAGAGAAAAAAACAACAAGUCGUGUCUCAAACUCUGAAAUUUUGUACUAAGUGUUGAGAUAUAUUCUUGAUGCAAGUUUAAAUAAACUCAUUCUGUUUUUUUUUUACUUGUAACUUAAUUUGUAUUUGAUGCUUAGUUUAGUUACAUUCUUAGUAGUCAUUAUUUUGCAAUAUGAAAAGUCAAUAGGAACAUUAAAUGUGUAAUAAAAAGAAUUGCACAGAA